AUGUCAUUGACGAAUCGAGAGAAUUCAUUCGGCGUCCUCUUUGUGGCCGGCUUGUCUAGCCCUGCACCAAUGCCUUCAAACUACGCCACGGAGCACAAACCCACGCGAUGUCAUCAAUUGCAGUCGAGGCGCUCACAGAACCGUCCAUCGCAUUACACUACCAAGAGAGGUGGUCAUGGGCUGGUUGGACUACCGGUAGCAUUGCCCAUGGAGCUGAGCCAACGCCUGGACGAGUCCUCCAAGCGCCCGCGAGCUCACCCGAUCCGAUCUCAACUCACAGGUCUGCGUCUCGGCUCAUUCGCGAAUCCGCCGAGCACUACACAGACUCACUCAAGCGUCUGCGCAAGCAACCCAACCAACCAACCAACCAACCCGCCAACCAACCGCUCUCCACACCAGCAAGCGACGAUGGUGCAGCACCAAGUGAAGGAGUACUUCCCCACCGUGCCCAAGGUGACGUUCGAGGGCCAGAACACCAAGAGCGCGCUCGCCUUCCGCGAGUACAACGCGUCCGAGGUGAUCCUGGGCAAGACCAUGGAGGAGUGGUGCCGCUUCGCCGUCUGCUACUGGCACACGUUCGGCAACACGGGCGGCGACCCGUUCGGCAGCGAGACGUACACGAACCGCGCGUGGAACGCCGAUGACGGAGCCAACCUGUCGCCGCGCGAGCGCCUGCUCGAGGCCGCCAAGUGCAAGGCCGACGCCGCCUUCGAGAUGUUCACCAAGCUCGGCGUCAAGUACUACACGUUCCACGACGUGGACCUCGUGUCCGAGGGCGCGAGCCUCGACGAGUCCCAGAGCCUGCUGGACGACAUCUCGGACUACCUGCUCGAGAAGCAGAACCAGACGGGCGUCAAGUGCCUCUGGGGCACCACCAACCUCUUCGGCCACCGCCGCUUCAUGAACGGCGCCAGCACCAACCCCGACAUGAAGGUGUUCGCGCACGCGGCGGCGCGCGUCAAGAAGGCCAUGGAGAUCACGCUCAAGCUGGGCGGCCAGAACUUCGUCUUCUGGGGCGGCCGCGAGGGCUUCCAGAGCAUCCUCAACACCGACAUGAAGAUGGAGCUGGACCACAUGGCCGCCUUCUUCAAGCUCGUGGUGGCCUACAAGAAGGAGCUGGGCGCGACCUUCCAGUUCCUCGUCGAGCCCAAGCCGCGCGAGCCCAUGAAGCACCAGUACGACUACGACGCCGCCACGGUCAUCGCCUUUCUGCACACGUAUGGCCUGCAGCACGACUUCAAGCUCAACGUCGAGCCUAACCACACGACGCUCGCGGGCCACGACUACGAGCACGACAUCUACUACGCCGCCAGCUACAAGAUGCUGGGCUCCGUCGACUGCAACACGGGCGACCCACUCGUGGGCUGGGACACGGACCAGUUCCUCAUGGACGAGAAGAAGGCCGUGCUCGUCAUGAAGAAGAUCGUCGAGAUCGGCGGCCUCGCGCCCGGGGGGCUCAACUUCGACGCCAAGGUGCGCCGCGAGUCCACGGACCUCGAGGACAUCUUCAUUGCGCACAUCGGCUCCAUGGACUGCUUCGCGCGCGGCCUGCGCCAGGCGGCCAAGCUGCUGGAGAAGAACGAGCUGGGCGAGAUGGUCAAGCAGCGCUACGCGUCGUGGAAGAGCGCGCUGGGCGAGCGCAUCGAGGACGGCCGCGCCACGCUGGAGGAGGUGGCGGCGUACGCCAAGGAGGCGGGCGAGCCGGACCACGUCUCGGGCAAGCAGGAGCUGGCCGAGCUGAUGCUCUUCCGCGGCGUGCAGUGA